CGAGGCGUGGCAGGUGCCGGGGGCCGCCUCCGGGACACGUCCUCGAAAACACCUCGAACGCGUCCCAAGUCGCGGGGGCCGUGGAGUGUGACCUCCGCGUCAAGACGGCGACUCCGCGGGAGCAGGCCAGUGGGGCGGGGUGGGCAUGACCCUUCGGACGGGAGAGCGCCGACGGAGGGGCAUGGGCGCCUCGGGACGCUGGGGCGUGGACCCCUCGCGGGCCAAGGCUGGCAACAAAGUGUGGCAGCAGCCCCAGGGGCAGCGAGGCCGCGACCCUCUGCACCGCCUUUGGGCCACCUUCUCGCCGCAGCCGGCGCGGCCCUGGCGCCAGGGUGCGCCCGGCCACGCCCCCGGGCCACCGCGACGCAGGUUCCACGCCAUCCCCUUCCUCAUCUGGCCCAACUACUGCCUGGCCCGCCUGCUGGGGCUGCAGCCGCUCCGCUUCGUCCCCACGAGCGACCUCAGCGGCGACCCCCAGUGGCUCUCCCUGUCCCCGCUGUGGAUGCCGGCCUGCGUGGCCGUCUCGCUCGCCACCGCGUACUCGGCGUACUUCUUGUUGAAGCACUUCAUGGACACGCUGAUCGACCCUUCCAGAACCUUGAACAACUACAUUUACGAGGUGCCCAUGGUGCUGAACGCGUUCAUCGCGCUGCUCUGCACGGGCUACUCGCUGCUCGGGGCGCGCGCCAUGGCCGUGUCUUGGCGGGGAGCCCUGGCCACCCUGGCCGAGCUGGACGCCGUGAACCACGCGCCUUCCUCGACCUCCCGUCGGUGUCGCCCGCUGGAGAGCUUUACUUUCUUCCUGAUGGUCUGGGUCAUGCUGGCCCUGGUGAUCGGGACGAACUGGCUGUAUACGCGCUUCCAGGACUUCGUCGUGGAGGUGUGGCACAUGGGCGCCGUGCUGCUGGUGCGGCUCGUCCCCAUGGCCGUGGAGGGCCAAUUCCUGCUCAGCACCCUGCUGCUCGAGCGCGCCUACCGCGCCAUUGUCGUCUGCCUCCGCGACCUGGCCCGGGGCUACUUCCCCAGCGACCAGGUACGCGUUGUCGAGUCGAUGAGCACAGCGCCGUCCAAAAAGUACGUCUGUUUUCCUCCGACUCUUCCGGCGCAUGACGGGCGCACUUUUGGCCGAUCCCUGAAGGGAGUGUUGAGAGGGGCUUCGUUCGUGUUGCAGGCCGAGUCCGUGAUGGACGGGCCUCUGGGCGGGCCGCUCGGGGGGCCCCUGGGGAAGGCCCUCGCCCGGCACUUGGCGGAUGCCACGGAGCCCCCUAGGGGCCCGGUCGGCCCAGCUAAGCAGGUGGCGUGGGGGCCGGGCGGCGGCCUGGACCUGCUCUACGGGGGUCUUCGAGUGGGCGCGCACCUGCAGGGGGUGCCUCUCAGCGACGCCAUCAAGCCCGCCGGCGGCGGCCCCAAGCCCCAGGGGCCCCAGGGCGCCCCGGGCCGGCCGGACCACUUGCGCGCCAAGCAGCUGUCGCGCCUGCGCGUGCUGCACCAGCGCGUCUUCCAGCAGGUGGAGGACCUCACCUCGUACUUCGGCGUGUCGCUGCUGUGCAAGCUGGUCCAGACGCGCAUCCAGCUCAUCACCGACGCCUUCGCGCUCGUCGGCACCCUCCAGAACAGCCAGCACAAGCGCGAGUACGAGCUCACCUACUACGCCAUCGAGGUGUGCUUCAUCACGAUGCGCCUCUUCUUCGUCGUGUACCGCAGCGAGAAGGUGCUGCAGCAGGACCAGGUGUUGCUGCAGCUCGCCUGCCUCGUGGACCCGACGGCCUGGGACAGCGCUUCCAACCAGCAGCUGCAGCUGUUCCGGCGGCAGGUGCGCGCGCUGCGGGCCCGGCUGCACACCUGCUCCAUGUUCACGCUCAACUACGACCUGCUGCUGGCCGUAAGCUCGAAACAAUCGGAAAGCAAUGCGGUCGGUGGGAGGCCAGCGAGGCCCGGCGGGAGGAAGUAUGACUGCGGUCGGCGGGUACGCGGGGGCCGAGCGCAAAUCACUUCCAGGCGUCAUGAUAAAGUUACCCUUGAAAGAAAAUAUGCUGCCUACGGCGUUCAUCGUGGCGUCCUGCUAUACGUUUCUUCGCCCAGCUCCCAGUCAAAUUGA